GACUGUCCCCGGGCUCCCAGUUCCAACACUGCUCCGCAUUACCCGGCUUCAUUUGGCAUUUUUAGACCAGUUUUUCCGCUUUGACAUUAGAUUUGUCAUACUUUUUGAUUUUUACGCACCACCCAUUUCACCUAAAUUGAAUCAUUAACCCUCCUUGCACGAGUUUGGAUGUGUUUUCGCGAAUCUUUUAAACUUUUGUUCAUGUAUGUGGAUUCAGAAAUAUCCGUAACUUUUCAUUUUCAGUCAUUCCCAUUGAGUUAAAGCAUCUCUCCGGGUGGCUUUUUUAAGGGAUGCUGCUUGCCAUGAUUGCAAACUGAGCUGAAAACAAUAGAGACGUGGAAGCAUCGCCUGCAUCCUUUUCUUUUGUCUUUGUUGCAUCUCUUAAUUAUAUAACUGUCUCUGGGAUGUAAGAAAACACUCGACAGUUAGUUUUUUUCUUUUUAUCCACAAAGGAAUUAACUUUUUUUGCACCGAGGAACAACUAUGGCGAGGUUUCUGUUGACAAUGCGUCUUUUUCUGGUUUUAUUCGGAUUAUUUUUGCUCUCUUAUCCAUGUGCACGAGCCGAGCCAGAGCAGCAGGAGGAGGAGGAGGAGGAGAGUUCCUGUCAGGGAGCUUUCGACCUGUACUUUGUGCUUGAUAAGUCUGGGAGUGUGAAGAAUCACUGGGAGGAAAUCUACUUCUUUGUGGAGAUGUUAGCUGAGAAAUUCAAAAGUCCCAUGCUGAGGAUGUCCUUCAUUACAUUCUCCUCCAGAGCGUCAACCAUCAUGAAACUGACCGAAAACAGAGUGGAAAUCAAAAAGGGUCUGAACAAUCUGGAAAAAGAGAGACCUGGUGGAGACACAUUCAUGAACCUUGGCCUGCAGAGGGCAAACGAGCAGAUAACCCAGGAGAACUUUGGCACGGCCAGUGUGAUUAUUGCUCUGACAGACGGAGAGCUGCAGGAACAUCAGCUCAUCACCGCGCAGCAAGAGGCAGAAAGAGCCAGGUCUCUUGGAGCGAUUGUGUACUGCGUCGGUGUCAAGGACUUCAAUGAGACUCAGCUGGCCACCAUUGCGGACACCAUCGAGCACGUGUUUCCUGUGAUGGGCGGCUUCCACGCUCUCCGAGGAGUCAUCGAUUCGAUCAUCAAGAAAUCCUGCAUUGAGAUUUUGGCGGCCGAGCCCUCCAGUGUGUGUGCAGGAGAGUCUUUCCAAGUGGUGGUGAGAGGGAACGGCUUCCUCCACGCCAGGAACAUCAACCAGGUGCUCUGCAGCUUCAAAAUCAACGACACCGUCACAGUCACGGAAAAGCCGGCUAGUGUACAAGACACAUUCCUACUGUGCCCAGCUCCUGUCAUCGAAGAACUUGGAAAGGUGAUUUAUCUGCAAGUGAGCAUGAACGACGGGCUGUCCUUCAUCAGCAGCAACGUGCACAUCACCACCACAGAGUGUUUUGACGGCACCAUCCUCCUGGUCACGCUGCUGGUUCUCUUCCUGCUGCUCGCCCUGCUCUUCAUGUGGUGGUUCUGGCCUCUGUGCUGCACCGUGGUGAUCAAAGGACCUCCUCCUCCACCUCCUCCUGAGCCUGAGAGUUCAGAUGAUGAAGACGGCAUGCCCAAGAAGAAAUGGCCGACUGUGGACGCCUCUUAUUACGGAGGGAGAGGAAUCGGAGGGAUCAAGAGGAUGGAGGUGCGUUGGGGAGGGAAGGGCUCCACCGAGGAGGGGGCUAAGCUGGAGAAGCCGAAGAACGCCGUGGUGAAGAUGCCGGAGCAAGAGUACGAGCCGUACGAACCCAAACCGAAGAAACCUCACAACAAGAAGGCGCCUCAGGACAGGAAGUGGUACUCACCCAUCCGGGGGAAACUGGAUGCUAUCUUGUCGCUGUUUCGCCGCGGAUAUGACCAGGUGUCCUUGAUGAGACCUCAGCCCGGGGACCAUGGUCGAUGCAUCAACUUCACAAGAGUGAAAGAUGAGGCCAAGGCUGCCCCACGCACCCCGAUCCACAAACCCUCCGCCCCUCCACCUGAUUACCACCCUGUUUCCUCCACGCUCUCCCACUGUGGCCAGCCCUCCUUCCAGAUCACCUCCAGUACCAGGACAGGUUCUCCCAGGACCCCCACCAGCCCGUACCCCUCCUGGACCUCCCUGUGCACCCCCAUCACGCCCCCCACCCACUCUCCGACCCUGAAUCACAAAGACAAACCUUUCCCACCCCCCAUCUAUGCACCCGCUUUGAAAUCAGAGACUUACCGCUCUGUUGGCCAGUUCUUUCAGUUCGAAGGUUCAGGUCGUCGCUGCCAAAGAUACUCCUGCUAUACGCCAAAGAUCAGCAGUACUUUCUAUCCCAGCCUUCUUUUAUGGGAGAGUGUCAAGUCCAACUGUAAUUUAGCAGUAUUCGUCAAACAUGCUACGACUUAGCGUGAACAACUUGGGAGAAGGAGAAUGUAUAAAUACCUUUGUCAUUGUUUUGUGCAAAAAUAAGGCUGGAUCCCCUUUACAAUUUAGAAAAAAAUCAGUUUGACUUGAUGUUGUGUCCAACAAAUAGGGCAAAUGUGGGGAUUCGGGAAAAUAUUUGACUUAAUGUUGGGGUUUGUUAGAUCACGGAUGAUUGUUGCUGGACAGCAAAGCAUGUAGGGACAGGAAGUCCGAAGAAGAAGAAGAAGAAUGCAAUGGAUGAUGCAAUGGAUGAAAUGUCUUUGUUGUCUUUAUCAACUACUGAGGCCAUUGUUGGAAGAGAAAUCUGAGUAACGAGGGUAAACCUUGAGAUGAAUGGAUUGGCUUAUUCUCCUUUGCUGUGACGGUGAAUCAGAGGUUUUGGGAAGUAGUUUCAUAGAAAUGUCUGUUUGAUAAUGGUGUUGAGUAACUAGGAUAAAAUCAUAUCUGCUUUUUUAAUGAAUAUGUGGACAUUGCAAAUUGAUUGCAGUGCCAAAUUGAUUCUUAAGCUUUUUGCGAUGUUGUGUUUUCCCGAAAAUGUUAAGAAAUUCCCACCUUUUGAUACAGAAAUGUUACAGUUACGUGAUUUUGUGUUCCAGUUUUUGUACCAUUCAGCCAAAGGGAAGUGUACAGAUGUUUUAUUGAAGGGAUGCUUUUACAAUAUGUGUUUGAGAUGCAUUGGAAUGUUACAUGGUUGAUAUCUUUGAGGCUUUGGAUUUGGUCCUUUUCAUUGAAUUUAGAAUACAGCAAUAUAUAUAUUGUUGGUAUCUGCGCACAUAGACUGCUGGACAACUACAGUAUGUAUUCAUUUUUGUUAGCAUUGGAACAUCGAUAUUGAACAACCAGAAAUCAGGUCUCAUCACAUUUUUUAUACAUUAUCUGGAUACUGUACUUUGAUACCAAUAGGUGUGUUUUAUGUUUUCAGUUCAUCAUCACCGGUCACAUUGCAACUGCAGGGCAGUUCAAAGAGCAUCUAAUUUAUUUUACUCCCCAGAGAAAUAGAGGAGAGUACUUGAAUAUCGACAAGGUGUCCAACCAGCAAGACGGACACUGUGCACAGAAUUUAGAAAUGCAACAGCUAGCCAGUUAAAAGUCAUUUAAGGCUUACCAGCGUUUCACAACCCCUCAGCUACACUGAGAACAAAUUGAAUGUGAUUUCUCCAAAGUUAAUUUGUUCAUGUUUCUUUUGUAAAAGUGUGAUUCUUGGUGUGUAUUACGCACUCUUAGCUCGUUGCUAGCAGGUGAAAAGACGCCGCUAGCGUCCAUGUUAGCGCUGGCUACAUUGUUAAUUGGGUGGGGGAAUGGCACCAAAAAAAUGAAAAAGAUUGUGAUUUGAUUGUGUAAAAAAGGGGUUGAAAAAUGCUGGUAUUCCUUUAAUAUUCAGUGCAUUCUGGAAGUUACUUCUUUUGUUCAUUUUUUAUACUUUUUUUUUUUAUGUACUUCAUUCAGUUAUGUCAUGUACCGUUGUGUUUCUACAUGCAUUCAUUAUCGCUCUAAGUGCCUUAAAAUUGAGCUCAAAGAAAGGUGCAUUUGCUUCAUUAAAGUGUCCAACCAUCCACAUGAACGUUUUAAAAUUAACUUAAUUUGACUGAUAAACCAAUACAGCUCAGGUUAGUUAGAAGUUGCUAUAAACAAAUCAAAUGGAUUGUGAUGCCUUGGAAUGUUUGCCCUUAUCCACCUGUUUUAAAUGAUGUCGAAUGUCGAAUAAAACCCAUUUAAUGGUC